ACGGCGCUUUAACUUCCGUUCUCUGUGGAGGGACUCACGCCUACUUUUGCUGUAAUGUGUUCAUAAUACUGUCUAUUUAUCGUUAUCCACACUCAGAGCUUGCGCAGAUGCGCUUACGAACUAAUAUAGUACGAAGCUAUUGGCUGGGAUCCAAGAUAGAAGAGAUGGUAUGAGACAGUAAAGGGUUAACAGAGCAUGCGUAUAGCAGCGAGUGGCUCAGUGUUUACUGUUGUGCUGGGGUGAGUGUCGAGUUGGCACUUGGCGACUCUCUAUUUCUCAUUCUCCUGUGAAUUUAUGGAAGCCUGACAAGAUGAAUCGACCAGAUGGACUUAUUCAACGAAGGAACGUACAAAAAGACAAGGAAGAGAAGAACACACAGAACGAGAGCGACGAGGAGAAGCGAAGACAUUCGAGCGGAGACGACGAUCUGGACGAUGGGGACUCUAAGGAAACAAGACUCACUUUAAUGGAAGAAGUCCUCUUGCUGGGCCUCAAGGACAAGGAGGGGUAUACAAGCUUCUGGAAUGACUGUAUAUCCUCAGGUCUAAGGGGAUGCAUCUUAAUAGAACUAGCGCUGAGAGGUAGAGUAGAGCUGGAAAAAGCUGGUUUGCGGCGAAAAUCUCUUCUGAACCGCAAGGUAAUUCUGCGAUCUGACCAGCCGACUGGAGAUGUACUUUUGGACGAAGCACUAAAACAUAUAAAAGAAACAGACCCACCAGAGACUGUUCAAUCUUGGAUUGAAUUUCUUUCAGGGGAAUCUUGGAACCCACUCAAGUUGAGGUAUCAGCUGCGAAAUGUACGAGAGCGGCUAGCUAAGAACAUGGUGGAAAAGGGAGUCCUUACUACAGAGAAACAAAACUUUCUUGUGUUUGAUAUGACUACGCAUCCGCUUACUGAUAAUGUUACAAAAACAAAACUUGUGAAAAAGGUUCAGGACAGUGUUUUGAGUCGGUGGGUGGGUGAUCCCCAAAGGAUGGAUCGGCGGGUACUCUCACUUAUCUACCUUGCCCAUGCUUCUGACGUCUUAGAAAAUGCCUUCGCUCCUCUCUCUGAUGAUGACUAUGAGGUUGCUAUGAAGCGCGUGCGAGACCUCUUGGAUCUUGACUUGGAUGUGGAAGCUGCAAAGCCCAAUGCCAAUGAUUUGAUGUGGUCAGUGUUUGCGGCAUUUAUUAAAUAAGUCUCUUGUGUCUGAAGGUUGAAGCAGAGGAAACAUUUAUUAGUGCCUGUGAUGAUUCUGAUGAACACGAUUUGAAAAAAUAUAUUUCAUAUUUAUUUAUCUGCUGUGUGAUAUAUCAUGAUUAUAAUUUUGUUUCGUGUAAUCCACAUACUUGUUGCGUUAAGAAAGUUUCACAGAAAAGAUUUUGUAUUAUGCAUUAGGUGAUGGUUGCUCAGAACUUUACAAAGUCACAUACUUAUUUUGUGAGUAAAAAUAAAACUUGUGUAGCAUUGCUUUAUCAGUAGAUUAUUGUUCUUAUCCUUAUCUCCUUUCUCAGCAGCAUGGAAUGGAUUGACUGCAUAACUAUAGAUACAUUCAGAAAUUAUUCAUUUAAAGAUUAAGCAAAUGAUUUUGUGUAUGUAUUAUGUUUGUAUAUUUAUAUAAUACAUAUGUAGAUACUAUCAUACAUACAUCCAUACAUGCAUAUACAUACAGUAUACAUUUACAUAUAUACAUGCAUACAUAAAUGCUUAGGUAGUUCAGGGCAUUUACUUCAUUGCUUGGAAUUUCUUUCGAUCUAUUCAACAUGUUAUUUGUUCUCUCGUGUACUUAGUUUCCAGUUUGUAAAUUGGUAGCUGCAAUAGCUUGAUUAACCACACUCAUGUAUUGGUGUUUUUUGGCCCUGGAAAAGUCAUAAAACAUACAAUUUGCAUUUUUAUUAUUGAUUAAAAGUUCUGUAAUUUUAUUAAGUAUUUCAGAGCAUAUACUCUAAUUAUUCUUUAGUAUCAGAGUAUAUGAGUUUGUCAUGGCAUUAUGUGUUGUUUACAUAGACAAAGUGUAUAGGCAGAGGUGUGAUGCUUAGAUUAGUUACAGUAACUUUACACAACUCGAGCCUGCAUGGUCGUGGUGUGGAGGUAUGAGGUUGGCUGUACUGUAAAUAAUCAAACUGGACCCUGACACGUUUUUUGAGGCAUGGGAAAUCAUCUUACUGGCGUCUGGGUAGUGAUGUGCGUUUUUAAUUAAUGCAUCUCACGAGUGCAUUCUUUAAAGUUUUUAAAAGAUAAGUUUUAUUUCCAAAGAGCAAUGUUGAAGUUACAAAGUGUACGGGUAUUGCAGCACCUACGGUUAAUGCUAUUUUGUUACCGUUCAUUUGCAGUACAUUUAAGCUUCCAACAUCUGUAUAGUUGCAUUUGCUAGAAGAAAUUUGUUUAAUACCUUUGCAUAAAAACUUGAUUUGUUUCAGUUUUCAAUUGUUCUGUUACAUUACCCCUGCACCACUACCAUGUGAGGAGCGUAAGGAUAAUAUUAGCUGGUGCAAAUAUUUUUAUCUCUAACAUUAAGUUGCUUUUUAUCACAUGAUAUUGAUAAAAAUGGUGAUGGUGUAAUGCAAAACUGUAUACAAAGCUAUUAGCAUCAGUUACUGGUAGGUUAUGGCCAUAAAUAAAGGAAAAUUAAUAAAAAUUAAGGAUUGUUCACAGCAUCUUAUUUUUCACUCAUUCUCAUGUCUUUCCACUAGAGGUGCUGUGUGUUGUUUACCUUGUUGUGUACAACAUUGUCAGUAUGUACAUGAAAACAGAUUAGCAAAUGUUUUCAUUGAAACAUCAUAAAGGUAAAUGUUCCCAUAAUGUAUAUUGGAAAAUGGGACAUUGAGCACCUUUUAGCAGAUGAAAUUUGCUGAUCAAGUUGAAUGUUUCUUGUGUACAGUGUUUAAAUAUAACAAAUAUUAAAGUGAGUGACCAUAUCAGUAAUCCUUUUUUAUUUUGCAAACUUUUAGUUGUUUAUGUAGGGCUUUUAUAGAAGCAAUUUGCAUUCCAUACCAACAAUCAGAUUGUAAGAAUUGCAAAAAUAUGGAUUUUUGGUCCUUUGAUAAUACGUAGCUAAUAAAUCGCCAAGUUGGUGCUGUAGGUUGUGAGAUAUCCAAGCACACUUGGAGACUGCUGUUUAUAAUGAUCCUGGGCUGUUUCAGAGCUGUGGCCCCCCUCGGCAUUGCCAAGUAUAAACCAGUAGUAUAGGAUGAUCUUCCUGCUUAUAGUUCCUUUUGAAACAAGUUAUAAGCAUUGUUUAUUUUCAAAGGAUGAAGUUCCUUAAAUCCGUUUGACCAAGAGAUGUGAAGUAGUUGAAACGUUGUGGCUGGUGAAUGGUAAAUUAACUGCUGGGUGUCUAUGCAUACGUUAAGGAACCCAGUAAAUAUACAUUACUGAGUACUGCACAACUUGAGAAGUAUCUUGAUGAUCUAUAUUUGGCAACUUUACUAUGAUAGUUACCUCUUCCUCAUAAUAUAAUUUUUUUAUGGGCCUAGAGCCUUCAGAUUAAAUUUUAGUUAUUAUAGGCUAACUGGUACAGAACAUUCAGGAUGAAAUGUAUUUUAAUAUUUAAAGCUAACUUAUCCCAAGUAUUAUAUCUACAAAAGUUUGUUUGCUAAAAUACAUAUAAUUAAUUAUAAGAAUUUAUGAAUCAAAUGUUCUUUAAACUAAAUAAAUUGUUGUAUUUUUUAUAGCAAUGCAAGUCUUUAUAUUUAUAACCUAAAGCACUGUCUUGCCCAGCUUUAGUGAAUAUUUGUCUUAUUUUCUCCCAGCCAGUUGAGAUAUUUUCAUUAAAUUGUAUACAGUAUUGUUGAAUUUGUUGACUUUGUAUGUGGUACCUGGGAAGGUAUCUCCGCCUAAAUUUAAUUUUCAGCGUGUUAUAUUGGAGUGAUAUAGUAUUUUAAUUAAGAAUCGUAUUAAAGGAAAUCUAACCAAUAUCGGAAAAGUAUAUAGUAUAAAAUAAAAUAAAACAAAACAAAAAACAUUCACAAUUAUUUAAUUAGUUUUAAGUGUUUAAUUGUAUUAUCAAUCAAAUUUUUCCAUAUUUAAUCAAAGUUGUGUUAUAAAGCACUAUUUUAUAUCAGGUUCUUAAUGUAAUACAUUUUCGUAGGCAUUAUGUGUAGUUUUGCUGAGUUUUCUAUUUAGAUGUGAAAACUGUUUUGACACUUGCUUUUGGGUAUAAUGGGAUCAUUUGAUUUAUUUAGUUGUGUACUACGUACUUUAGUGGUUAAUUACAUGGCUCAAGUCUUGAAAUAUAAAUAUUCUGUCAGUUCACCUCAGAUUGAAGAACCUUACCUUAUCAAUACUGGUCCCGAUCAUUAAUUAACAUAAGGUUAUUGUAAGAAUUUUUGCCCUCUGCCUUAUAUUAAGUCCAUAAUACCUUGAAAAGAAACUAAUUAAUGUUGCUAAAAUGAGAGAACCUGAGAAAUAGUAACAAAGCAUAAUAACUCUUUUUACUCUGUGAGAUAAUCUGUUGUCUUAGUCAUGCAAACAUUUCCUCUUGUGUGUGUUGAUGUGGACGACAUGAUUGGUGUUAUGCUAUAAGUGCGACUAUCAUUGGAUGUGUCAACUAAUUUUUCCCUCCUUCUUAUUGUAAGAAAUGGAUUUAUUUAAAAAGGUUUCCUUAAUUUUUGUGUCGGUAUUAGUUAUGGUAAGCUUUUUUUUUCUGAUGAGCAUUGAAGGUUUGAAAUUAUUUUACAUUGGCUAUUAUUUCAUGCUCAGCAUUCUUAGUAACACUAAGCUUUUAUAUACUGUACAGUAUUUUUUAGUUUGUGUGAAAAGUAAACAUGCAUGCACAUUACUGCUGUGUAAAUUGGAAUUAACAUCUGUGCAGUGGAAGUUCAUACAGUACUUUUCCCAGAUUAUAAUCUCUUAACAGCAAAAAGACCAAUAUUACUUUUUUUAACAAUUUAGUACCGUAUAGGCAAAAUGUUUUAUAAGCUGCUUGCAUAUUACAGAUAUUUCAAGUGCAGCUAUAUAUGUGAUUGUUCCUUGCUGUAAGCACAAAGCUUAUUUGUACCUAAGUAAGGAUUUUGCUUUUAGCAGCACCAGAAGAUAUAUCUACAGCUUUAAUAAGUUUGUGACCAUUAUUAGUUUUGUACAUUUAAAAUGGGUUUUAUAAUAUAUUUGUGAAGUAACACAAGCAACUUGGUGUGCAUCUUAUGUACAUAAAAGUUGUUGAAAAUGUUUGUACUGUGCAUCUGUAAGAUGAAAUGUCAGCUAAUAUAAGCAUGUUGUCAAAGACAGUGUCAUCUUUGUAUCGGUACUGGCAGAUUUUACCAAUAGCAUUCCAUAGAAGACAUUGAGCUUGGUAGUGGUGAUUUCCCACUUGUUUUAUGUUAUAUAUAAAUAUAACUUCUAAACAUCUGCACUGUGAACAGGUUUAAUAAUAAAAUCAGUUUGUUAA